CCGACUCCUAUUACGAACGAUGUCUCACCUUCAGAAGUUCAAACAAACUCAACAGCCACACAAGAACUUCUUCGCUCUUUUCCUAGUCAAGCAGAUAUUGAGAUCCUCCAAUAUCGAGUCGAUCACAUUUCUGCAACAUGCUUCCAAUUCGACUACAAAGCCCCUCUGUCUACGCUGCACGAAAGGUCUGCAAAGUGCGUCGCAAAACCGAAUCUUCUGGCUCCAGAAUCCAAUCCAGUUUUAUUGGCAAAACAAAUGCUGCUCUUUGCGAUAGCCUUGCAAUAUCUUUCUCCUACCGAAACGAUACCUGGUCUUGACAAGCAUCAUCACCGCAUCAUGGAUGAUCUGGCUAGAGCGGCAAUCAGAACGGUCGUGACGAAUGAUUCACUGUUAGGGUCUUUGGAGGGCUUGGAGAUCAUCAUACUUGAAGCUUUCUAUCACACGGAUUCUGGUGAUAUUCGACAGGCUUGGAUAACCAUGCGUCGUGCCGUGGUGGCUGCGCAACUACUAGGCUUACACCGUUCUGGUCACUACCGGUACAAGAUUAUAGAUCCACGAAAUGAUAUUGAUCCCGAGACCAUCUGGAGCAGUAUCGUAUAUAUGGAGCGCGUGGUCUCUCUACUGUCUGGAUUGCCCACAAGUACAGGUGGGAUAGUGUUGGUUCGACAAGAAACUCGGUUCGAUGUAACUGCUGAUCGUGGUCUACUCACCCACCUGGGAAAUGUCGCCGGCAAAAUUCUCGAACGAAAUCAGAUCGAAGUACCACAGCAAGCUCUGGAUCUCACAAAGAGAAUCGACGAAGAACUCCUCAGAAUCUCCGAAUCCCUACCACCAACUUUCUGGCGACCGGCAGAAUUUUCAAGACUCACUCGCGACUCUUUAAACGCCUUUGACGAGAUCAGACGUGUUUUUGAUCACAGCUCCUACUAUACUCUGAUCAUCCAACUUCACAUGCCUCAUAUGCUAUGUCCAAGCCAUAGCACACAGAGAAUGUACUCUAAGAUGGCUUGUGUGAAUGCAAGUCGUGAGAUCCUGACUCGACAGAUCGCAUUGCGGACUUUCAAUCCUGUCACUGCGUGUUGUCGUAUGAAUGACUUCAUGGCGUUGAUCGCCGGCAUGACAUUGAUGCUGGCGCACGCUACAAGCCACUGCGAUACAUCAGCAGGAAAUAUGUUGGCGCAUCAACGAUUGGGUGAUCGAGCGAUGGUGCAGCGGGCGCUAGAAUGCAUAACGUUCAUCUCAGAGCUUCAAGAGCAUCAACUUGCUUUCAGAUGUGCUUCUUUACUCAAAGAUCUGUUGAUCAUCGAAGAAGGCGCAGCCCGGAAACAAGAUCAGAGUGGCAAUCGACCACGCGAAGGUCCUGAUAACGCCGAGGACAGCCGUGAUAUGUUGAUAAAUAGAGCACCCUUCUUCGGCGGUAUGAGAAUAUCCAGAGGAGGUAUCGCAGUCGUGGUCCCUCACAGAUCAGAGCAUGAUCAAGGCCCAGCAGACAUUAGUAUUGGUGGAAUAGGAUCGAUUCGCGUCAACAACUCGAGAUCCAGCCAUUCAACCCCAGUCCAACAGGUUCCUGGUGCUGCGAGACAACAAACAGGCGUUGUUCCACAACCAUCACGUCUGGAAAGCGCAACACAGCAAGAUUUCAUCACGCAGCAGGACCAAAUUUUCUCAGAUAUUGCGACUGGUUUCGACGAUUGGUCGGUCUUGGGAAUGGACACGGCAUUUUUCGAAAGUUUAAUGCAGGGGAGU